CUUACCCAGAGGAUAUCAAGAGGAACGGUCCAAAAUGGCGAAGGUGUCCUUGCUUUUGCUGAUGGUCUCCAUGACGGUUGCAUUAGCCUUGGCACAUGAUACUGGCAACUAUACACUGAACAAGCGGGAAAAGAGGGAGCUGCUGGCGCGUUCCAAAAGAAGGUGGGUCCUGUCCACCAUUGAGCUAGUGGAGGAGGACCCUGGACCUUUCCCUAAAUUUGCCACACAGAUGUUCAAUGAUAGAACUGAGAUUUUCAAAAGCCACCAGUUCCGUUUAUCUGGAACGGGAGUGACCGAGGAACCUCUGGGCGUGUUCUCCAUCGGCGACAAUGACGGAGUGGUGUACGUACUCAAGCCUAUCGACAGGGAGACAUACCCCUUCUUUCAUAUUAUGUUUGACAUCAUUGACAAGGUGACUAAUAAACCCGUGGACAAGACUCUGGCGUUCGAUGUGGCGAUUACGGACAUCAAUGACAACGCCCCUUACUUUGAGCACCCUGUCAUAAAAGCCAGUGUAAAAGAGAGUACACCAGAGGGGUAUCUGCCAGUGCCUCUGACAGCCAGGGACAUGGAUCAGGUGAACACACAGAACUCCAACAUCAGUAUAAGUGUGUUGUCUCAGGAGCCAGCCGAGCCCAAGAUCAACCUGAAGGAGGUAGAGGGCACCAAGAUGAGCCAGCUCACCUUCACUGGCUGCUUUGACUAUGACAAAGCAAAGAUGUAUAAGGUGGUUGUUGAAGCUCGGGAUCAUGGGAUACCAGCCCUGUCCUCAACUGUAGUGGUCAACCUCCAAAUAACGGACUCCAACACUCACCAACCAGUGUUCAAAAACAAGACCUACAAUGCUCACAUGAUGGAGAUGGAAUCCAAUAAAGAGAUACUCCGAGUGGCUGUGACUGAUGCAGACACCCCCAACACCACCGCAUGGCGAGCCGUUUACUCCAUUGUGAAGGGGAACGAGGAAGGAAACUAUAAGAUUGAGACCGACCCCAAGACCAACGAGGGUAUACUGACUGUCAUCAAGGGAAAGAAUAUUAAGGAAAAGACAACGUUGACCAAUGUGCAGAUCGCCGUGGCGAACGAGGAGCCUUUGUUUGUGUGUAGCUCCGGAGGGGCCGUGUCCACUGCUAAGCCCCUGACCGUGCCCCCCCAGACAGUCAACGUGACUGUGAAGGUGAUUGACGUGAACGACCCCCCGAUGUUUGACAGGAAAGUGACAGACGUGUAUGCAAAGGAAGAGCAGGAGGAGAAGGGGAAAGUGCUGUACAAACCCAAGAUCACCGACGUUGACUCAGAUGUGGAAAAAAUCAGGUAUGAGUUAGUUGACGACCCAGCAGGCUGGGUCACCAUAGAUCCCAAGACAGGAGUGGUUACUACAGUGAAGAAGAUGGACCGGGAGUCACCUCACGUCAACAAAGACAACAUCUACACUGUCCUAAUCCAAGCCAUAGACAACGGCGAGCCCCCUGCCACAGCUACAGGCACUAUUCUGGUCCACCUGGGGGAUAUCAAUGAUAACACACCCUAUGUGGUGGAGAAGAAGCUGGUGAUGUGUGGUAACAAGGUGAUUGUGCCGUUAGCAGACAAGGACAACCCUCCCUUUGGAUGUCCCUGUUACCUCUCCCUUGGAGCGGACCACGGAGACAAAGCACUGAAGAGCCGCUGGAAACUGGACCCUGCCAAUGGUAUGGAGGCGGGUCUGGUCAGUCUGAAGAGCCUGCCGUACGGUAACUACACGGUGCCUCUCGUGAUCCAGGACCAGCAGGGGCUAGUUGUAAAUGAAACUGUCCAGGUUAUGGUGUGUGACUGUGAGGGAGGGGAUAAGUGUAGGGCCUCUCUGCCCCGGACCUCCAGCCUGGGCUUGGCGGCUAUAGGACUACUGCUGGCUGGACUGCUGCUCCUCUUCCUGCUACUGCUUUUCUUCCUGCUGUGUGAGUGUGGUGGUAAGACGUUCACACACCUCCCCCUCAAUCUGCAAGAUGAGGGAAACCAGACUCUUAUCAAAUACAACGAGGAGGGAGGGAGCUCCGCAUGCAAGAGUGAGCCCAUGUUGAGCAUGACUCGCACCAUUUCCAACCGUGUAGCCGUGGACUUGGUAGAUGGAGUGAAGCAGGCCACCCCCGGCAAAAAGUUUACUCAGGAGACCAAUGAGAUGACCCAAAAGACCAAUGAGAUGCACAGAACAACAGGGAGGACCAUGGUCAACCAGGUGUCCUCCUCAGGAGGGGGAGGGUUCUCAGGAUGGGGAACAUUGAGCGAAGCCAACGGAACUCUGAGAAGCCAGAAUGGGCGUGGCAUGGUCAACCAGGUGUCCUCCUCAGGAGGGGGAGGGUUCUCAGGAUGGGGAAUAUUGAGCGAAGCCAACGGAACUCUGAGAAGCCAGAAUGGGCGGGGCAUGAUGUGGACUACAAGCAGGAACAAUACCAUGAGGAAUAACUCUUCGAGGUAUUCUCGCUCCUUCAGCCUGCUGUCGGACCAGCACAUCUCAGAGCACAUAGACCGGAGGCUGUAUAUGAUUGGAGAUGAGAUGGACUACCAAUCCUACGAGUACGGCUACGAGGGGAGAGGCAGCAAUUGCCAGUCGCUGGAUGAGCUAUCGCUAAGCAACCUAGGGGAUGACUUGAAGUUCCUAGAGGACCUGGGGUCAAAGUUCAACACCCUGGGGGGCAUCUGUCACGAGGACAUGCAGAAGAGGAACAUUAGGCUGUAGACACACACACACACCUGGCUGGGAGAUGAUUAUUAGACACGUCUGUCAUCGUCCCCUGUUUGAGGUGAAUGGGGUGAUUACCUAUUAGUUGGAGAAGAGGACACAUUUACACCAAACUUCCUCUAUUGGGAUUUUGGAUCAAGCUUUACGUUGUCGACGUCAGUGGGACAUUUUCUUAAAGACCAAAACUGUUGUGGAUUGGCUUUUACCCAAAAGAGGGACUGGGAGAGACACUUCUGACAUUUUUGCCUGACACAAUGAAUGAUGACCUUACUGUACUGAAUAAACCGCAUCAUGCUUGGAUGGCUUUAUGGAUUUCGGUUUUGACAGGACCGGGUGUGUUUGUAUGGUGAUUGUUUUGUUAUGUUAUAUGUGAUUUUAUCAUUGCUACGCUUCACAGUACUUUCAAUAGUAUUUUACAAUCUCUUGCUCUACUGGUUAUGCCAGAAUGGGAUUAACUUCAAUGCUAACACUUUGAUGGAAAUGUCAACAUCACUUCUGUGGGAGCUUUACAGUUGUGUGAAUGAUACUUUUUAUAACCUUUUUCUGCUUAGGAUAUGGAUUUACCCAAGUUGCUUAAAAAAACAUUUCUUGACCUCCCUGGAGUAGUAUCGUACUAGCUGUGUGGUCAACCUGGACUCAGGGGUAGACGUAACAUAGUAAAUGGAAAUCUGUCUCCCUUUAUUUAGUAUCAUAUGUUACGUUUCGUAUGAUAUGUAUUAAUUUGUGGAUGUCCAUCAUCCACUCCGUAUGAUAUGUUACCUGUUUGGUUCUGUUUUUCCUUCCUGCUGAGGGAUUGGUACAGCGUACCUUGCUCACUGCCUGUAAUUAUUAUUAUCUUAACAUGAUAUACACUCUGGCAGUGAGAUACCCCGAAAGAGCAGAGCCUAACAUCAAGACUAACAUAUUGCAUGUAUUAUAAUAUUUUCUAAUAAAUGGUUAAACAAAUGCAUGCCGUUUCCU